UCUAACCCUCCCAUUCCCUAGGCGCAAUCGCCUAGACUCUCAACAACUCUACCUCAUCAUGUGCCUUUAACCGUGAAAUUAAACCAAGGCACCACACAACCCAACCAACAAACAUGUCCACAACCGAACCUCAACCCGCAGAGGCCCCAGCGCCACCUAUUACUACAUCUACGAACGAAGCCCCCAAUCCCCAGCCCCGAGCAGACGAAUACACCCGGUCCGCAAAAAGCGGCAAGUUCCGAUUCAAGUCCAGUCGCGAUCGCGAGCACAGACACCGACACCGACCUCGAGACCGAGACCGAGACCGAGAACGACCCGACCACGAUCGCAAACAUAGACACUCCCAAACCCACCGCGACCAUGCCCAUGACCACAAACACUCGCACUCACACUCCCGCUCCUCCAAACGCCACAAACACAAACACCGACCCCCCUCCCCCUCAAACCCAACAACGACCCCCCACCCAGGCCUCUCCGCAGACACCGCCUUCCGCGAAUCCCUCUUCGACGCGCUCGGCGACGACGAAGGCGCCGCGUACUGGGAGUCAGUGUACGGGCAACCGAUCCACAACUUCGCGGUGCCGUCGAUCCCCAAGGGGCCCGAUGGUGAACUCGAGCAGAUGGAUGAGGAAGAGUACGCUGCGUAUGUGCGGACGCGCAUGUGGGAGCGGACGAGGGAGGGGAUGAUUGAGGAGCAGGAACGGGUGAGGGCGGAGCGGGCGAGGCAGAGGAGGAGGGAGGAGAAAGGAGCCAGGGCAGAGAGGGAGAGGGAUAGGUUUGAGAGGGAGGUGGAGGAGAGUUUGAGGCGUGGGCAGGCGAGGAGGCGCGUGAAGGCUUGGAAGGCGGUUUGGGAGGAGUAUAUGCGGUCGUGGGAGGUUGUUGAUCAGGCUGUUUCUGGUGCUGGGGAGGAAGGCAGGGGGGAGGAGGGCAAUCGGUUGCGGAAUCUUCUCUUCUGGCCGGUGGAGACGGGGAAGAGGAGGGAUGUCUCUCGGGAGGCGGUUGAGGAGUUCAUGCGCCAUGCGCCAUCGCUGGGGUCGUCGGAUGCGAAGGGGGCAGGGUCGGAGCUACUGGCGACGUUGAAGUCGGAGCGAGUUCGGUGGCAUCCGGAUAAGAUCCAGCAUCGGUAUGGGUCGUUGGGCGUCGACGAGGUCGUGAUGCGCAGUGUGACGGAGGUUUUCCAGAUCGUUGAUACGAUGUGGAAUGAGCUGAAAGGGAAGCAAUAGACCGCUGGGUUGGCAUGGCAGUUGAUAUAUGUAUAGUGGAGAGUGGGUGGACUAUAUUUGGCAGCGUUCUCUUUAUAGCAAUUGAUACCCC